GGCAAACGAUAUAUCAGUGUAGUCGCUUUUGUUCAGUGGUGAAGAGGUGCACAGUAGUAAAACACUCGCACAUCGCACUAUAUUAGUCAUAAUAUCAUAUCGCAAUAACGGCGAUAAAUAAAUAAAACUCCGCACUCAAGUACAGUCGACGCAUACGAAAUGACGAGGAAACUUGCAAUCACGUGCCUGUUCUUGGUGGCAGCACAAGUCGCAUACGCACAUCCGACCGCCGAAGAUGCGCCGGCCGCCCACGCUGCCGACGAGGCAUCCGGUCUGGAAAAGGUGUACAAGGUGAUGCAGGACUGCUCCGACAAGAACAUGGCCACCUGUUUGAAGAUGCGAGCGUUGCAGUACGUCGACCGGGCAUUGCGCAAGACCGACAGCAUCGACGUGUUCGACGGGAUAUCACUGGUCAAGUCCGAAUCCGUCGAGUCCAGCCGAGGUUUGAACGGCCGAUCGCUGGCCGAGUCCGAACUCGAAGAAGCACAGCCCAAAGACGAUGACGAAAAGGACGCCCAAGUCGAGAACCUCCUUUUGGACCGCGUCGCUCGUUUCCUGGAGAGCCACACACUCCAACUCAAGGUCCCGGAAUCGUCCAUCUCUGGCAUGAGGAGAUCUCUCGAUGAAGCCCGUGGCAAGAAAAAGAAGCACCARAAGAUGUUGAUGCCAUUGUUGAUGUUGUUGAAGAUGAAAGCCAUCGCACUCGUCCCAUUGGCCAUUGGUGGUCUUGCCCUGCUCGCAUUCAARGCUCUCGUCGUCGGCAAGAUCGCCCUCGUCUUGGCCGUCAUCAUGGGAAUCCAAAAAUUGUUGGCCAACAGCAAGAGUCAACAAUCGUACGAAGUAGUGUCUCACCCACACUACACCGAAGAACACGGACACGGACACAGCAGUGGAUACAGACGGUCCCUGGAAGGCGAGACCGCCCAAGACAUGGCGUACCGUGGUCAACACUGACUCCACCACCGCCAAGCUACCCCCGCAAACCAUCCCCCUUUGUAGCGGGCUCCCUGUAGCUGUAGUAUCACCCUCAUCCCCUCUGCCAUCACCCAACGAGGCGAUAUUUAUUUGUAAAUAGUUCGAAAAAACAUUCCCCCCCAUAGGAACGAAAUAAUUUAUUUUAUUAUUAAUUAGUAUUUUUUUUUUUUUUUAUAUACAUCCGAUCGUCUUCUUUAKCGCGCAAUUCACUUGUCUUCUUUUCAUCUCAUACCCCAAACCACCACACUACUCUCAAUUCACGACUUUUUAGUCUGCCUACGUUUACAAAUUGUUUUGUUCGCAAGCUCGAAUUUAUAUAAUAUAUUAUUAUUAUACUACGCGUAUAAUAUAUACUAUUAUAUAUGUACAUAAUAUACACUUAGCUAUAGCAACACAGCGUCCGUUCAUCGCGUCCGCCACGUAUAUUAUUAUUAUUAUUAUACGACAUCCGUACUCCGGAGGCGACUGUACUUCGACAACGGUCAAUAACGGGUUCUGCUUAAUCACUUCGGGACAAUGAUCGCACACAACACAUAACAACAACGUUUUACUACCAUAUACACAACUAUAUAUAAAAAUAUACGAUUAUUAUUUACCCCGGGCGGUCGGUUAAAAAUACAGAAGUUAACCUAGUGACACACACACGCCGCAUAUGUGUGUGCGUGUGUGCGCCGCUCGUGUGACGAUAUAGGUCGGCCGGAGGAGAAGAAAAAUAAGAAGAAGAAUUAUUACAAAAAAAGAAUAAAUAACUAUUUCCGUAACUGGUUUCAUCUAUAAGACACGAAUAGAAAUUGUUAGAAAUCUAUUCUUUCUAUACCUAUAUUAAUCACGAUCUCCACUACCAUCGUACUGUAAUAACGAUAACCGCGAUCAUACACACUUACUAACUGCUGCGUUACAACUUUGACCUUAUCCGCGAGACGACACCGACCGAUAACUGAAGAAAUACCUACCUCUAUAUUAUAUACACGUUUGGGAAUAGUAUUUUCUUCUUUCACAAUAUGUUAUACCUGAUAACACACACACACACACACACACACACUCACUCACUCACUCACUAAUAACUUGUACAAUGACUUACUACUUAUCCGCUGUAUAGAUCUUUCCGAUCGUUCAAAGCCGUACCUACAAUUUUUACUGCUAUCCAAAUACUACGCUUUUUUCUUGACCGGAAAUAUUAUAAAUGUUGCUCACAAACCAUAAUACAUUAUUGUAUGAUUUAUAUUAUUUUAUAUUGUUUAACAUUGUGUCAUGUUUUUAUACCAUUUUUUAUAUUUUACUUUUUGUGUGUACAUCGAAGACUACCUUAUUUAUUACGUAUUUUAAUAAAAUCGAUUUGUUUGUAAUAAAAA